AUGUUUGAAACAUUCACCAUAAGAACAGAGCCCUUCUCCUCCCACCUACCUACUCAACUAAGCGUCCAUCCCCUCUUAAAACUACUCUCACUCGAUCCCACUCAAACACUCUAUGCCGAAGAGUUCGCUAUCUGGCUACUAGUCACACUUUUCCUAUGUUUUCUCUACUAUCUCUAUCUAAGACUUCAAAAGGAAAUCAAAAUAUUCCUAAAAGAUAAAAAAGGCUUAUCUCCCCAAAUUCAACCCCCUGCAAACCAUUCAAACUCGAAUUAA